AUGUCUUCUUCAACAAAGUUCUUAACUUUAAAGACUUGCGAUGGUAAGGAAUUUGUACUUGAUGAGACGAUAGCCGUGAGGUCACAAACUAUCAAGAAUAUGGUUGAAGAUGAUUGUGUUUCAAACGUCAUUCCCCUGCCUAAUGUCCAUAGCAAAACAAUGACCAAAGUGAUUGAAUACUGGAAGAAACAUUCGGAGGAAGACGUUUCCAAAGACAUGUUGUUGGAGUUUGACAAGGCUUUUGUGAAGGUGCACCACUCGAUUUUGCAUGCUCUUAUCUUAGCUGCUAAUUUUCUUAACAAUAAGGAGAUAUUGGAUAUAAUGUGUCAAGAAGUUGCCGAUAGGAUUAAAGGGAAAACACCACAAGAAAUACGUAAAGAAUUUGAUAUCAAGAAUGAUUUUACUCCCGAAGAAGAGGCGAUCCGUAAAGAGAAUACUUGGGCUUUUGAAUGA